GUCAGAUCACUUAUUGUCCAGCUAACGGUCACAAUUAGGACUGGGGUAAGGGGAAUAUGAUCCUAGAUCUGUGCUUAUGAGCAGGACAGAGCCUAUGUGCCAUUUACUAGCCCAUGUGCCAUUUAACUUCCUAGGUGAGACAUGCCUGCGGUCCCCUCCCUUAAAGACAGCAGCGUCCUGGGCCCUGUGUGCCCGCACGCUGCCAGGCUACGCGUCACCAACGGCAAUGGGGACGCCAACGGAUCCUCCAAGGUCCAGGAAGGGCUGUUACAACUCCCAACCAAGGGGGGCGUCAGAGACAAGCUAGAGGUGGACGUGACUGGAACCAGCCAGGCGGUGGGGGAGAGGAAGUGGAUCCGUCCCGACCUUCCCAGCCGGUGCACCUGGAGACUGGGGGCCAACCACGCCGACUCCCCCCACACCCAUCCUCAACAGACCAAAGCUCCUAAAAUCCUCACCAACAUCCUCCGGAGGAUCGGUGACACCCCGCUGGUGCGCAUGAACAAGAUCCCCAAGACCUUCGGCCUCAAGUGUGAAGUCUUGGCCAAGUGUGAGUACUUCAACGCGGGCGGCAGUGUGAAGGAUAGGAUCAGUCUGCGUAUGGUGGAGGAUGCAGAGGGGGCAGGACAUCUGAAACCAGGAGACACCAUCAUAGAACCCACCUCAGGCAAUACAGGUAUCGGUCUGGCCCUGGCUGCAGCUGUGAAGGGUUACCGCUGUAUCAUUGUCAUGCCUGAGAAGAUGAGCAUGGAGAAGGUGGAUGUUUUGAGAGCCCUGGGUGCAGAGAUCGUCCGUACUCCCACCAGCGCUCGUUUCGAUUCGCCAGAGUCUCACGUGGGCGUGGCUUGGCGUCUGAAGAACGAGAUCCCCAACUCUCACAUCCUGGACCAGUACCGUAACCCUAGUAACCCCCUGGCCCACUAUGACACCACAGCAGAGGAGAUACUGGAGCAGUGUGAUGGGAAAGUGGACAUGCUGGUGGCAGGCGCUGGCACAGGCGGCACCAUCACUGGCAUUGCCCGCAAACUGAAGGAGAGGUGCCCAAACAUCCAGAUCAUCGGUGUGGACCCUGAAGGCUCCAUCCUGGCUGAACCAGAGGAGCUGAACAAGACAGACAAGACCCAGUACGAGGUGGAGGGCAUCGGAUACGACUUCAUCCCCACUGUACUGGACCGAUCAGUGGUGGAUAGCUGGUACAAGUCCAACGAUGAGGAGUCCUUCAACAUGUCCCGUAUGCUGGUCAGAGACGAGGGCUUGCUGUGUGGUGGCAGCUCGGGCACGGCCAUGGCAGCGGCGGUGAGGGUGGCCAAGGACCUGAAGGAGGGCCAGCGGUGUGUGGUCAUCCUGCCAGACUCCAUCCGCAACUACAUGACCAAGUUCCUGAGUGACAAGUGGAUGUUUGAGAAAGGCUUCCUGAAGGAGUCAGACAUCAUGGUAAACAAACCCUGGUGGUGGAACCUGAAGCUGCAGGGGUUGAACCUCUCUGCCCCUCUGACCGUCCUGCCCACGGUCAGCUGUCAGAAGACCAUCAAGAUCCUGAAGGAGAAUAGCUUUGACCAGGCCCCUGUAGUGGACGAGGCUGGGCUGGUCCUAGGAAUGGUUACUCUGGGGAACAUGCUGGCCUCUGUGCUGGCUGGGAAGAUCAAACCCUCAGACCCAGUCAACAAGGUGAUCUACACCCAGUUCAAACAGAUCCGUUUGACUGAUAACCUGGGGAAGCUCUCUCGUAUCCUGGAGACGGACCACUUUGCCCUGGUGGUACACGAACAGAUCCAAUACUUGACGGACGGCUCCCCCAGCCUGAAGCAGAUGGUGUUUGGUGUGGUGACAGCCAUCGACCUGCUCAACUUCGUCACGGCCAGGGAGAAGAGGGAGAGGUCCUUCUCUGAGUGCAGUGACCUGUGACCGUGUCCCCGUGACGGCUGGGUCAUGUGCGCACAAACACCUCGUGUACACACACACAUGGAACACGUUAAUUACACCUACAGCUCACAGCCAUACACAAACACACUGUGAUAUUAACGACAAUAUAAAGAAUGAGGUCGUAUGAACUUGAUUGGUGGACAAACUGUUGUUGCUGCUUUCUCCUAUGACAUGUGAGUCAUUUAGCAGAUGCUCUUAUCCAGAGCGACCUACAGAUAGUGAGGACAUAUUGUUUCUCCCCAACUGGUCCCCCGUGGGAAUCCAACCCACAAUCCAUUUUCAUACUGUCCCCCCCCCAACUGGUCCCCCGUGGGAAUCCAACCCACAACCCAUUUUCAUACUGGUCCCCCGUGGGAAUCCAACCCACAACCCAUUUUCAUACUGUUCCACCCCCUACUGGUCCCCCCGUGGGAAUCCAACCCACAACCCAUUUUCAUACUGGUCCCCGUGGGAAUCCAACCCACAACCCAUUUUCAUACUGUUCCCCCAACUGGUCCCCUGUGGGAAUCCAACCCACAACCCAUUUUCAUACUGUUUCUCCCCCAACUGGUCCCCCGUGGGAAUCCAACCCACAACCCAUUUUCAUACUGGUCCCCCAACUGGUCCCCCGUGGGAAUCCAACCCACAACCCAUUUUCAUACUGUUUCUCCCCCAACUGGUCCCCCGUGGGAAUCUAACCCACAACCCAUUUUCAUACUGGUCCCCCAACUGGUCCCCCGUGGGAAUCCAACCCACAACCCAUUUUCAUACUGGUCCCCCAACUGGUCCCCCGUGGGAAUCCAACCCACAACCCAUUUUCAUACUGUUUCUCCCCCAACUGGUCCCCCGUGGGAAUCCACGUGCUAUAUUUUGCGAGCUUGAUCAUAGAAUGUAGACACUGCCUACAGAGGGAAUUCCCAUGUUGCUUUGUAAUGUGUAUUUCAUUUAACUGUACCCCAUCCCAUGUACUGAAUCAAUAAUUGUGAAACCAAUCUUUACUGAAAAAAAAAGAAGUUUUUUAAUUGUGAAAACAUCAAUCAACGCAUUUCAACGCUAUGCAUAAUGACCCAACCCUGCACAAUUACAACAGGUUUGGGAAACAGACCUGUAUGUUGGUGUUUUUUAAAGGUCCAAUGCAGCUAUUUAUAUCUGGAUAUCAAAUCAUUUCUGGGUAACAAAUAAGUAUUUUACUGUGAUUGUAUUCAAUUAAAACAAGUAGUUUCUUAGCAAAGAGCAAUUUCUCAAGUAAGACUUUAGCUAGGACAGUUUGGGUGUGGUCUGAACUAGAAGCACAAGCAUUUCGCUACACUCGCAUUAACAUCUGCUAACCAUGUGUAUGUAACAAAUAAGAUUUGAUUUGAUUUGAGUGGGGAGGGGACAACUCAAAACUAGCUGUUGUUGGAAGAAAGGUAUGGAACAUUUUGCUGUUGGUCUAUUAAAAAAAAUGUAUCGCAUGAUGUCACCAUGGAGAGUCUAAACUCCCGCCCAUACAAACCUGCUGAUUAGAAGGCCCUGUGUAGAUUGCAUUUUCAACCAGCAUCUAUCAGGAAAUAACACUGUCAGUGUCAGUUUCAUCAGCUGUAUGAUAUUAAACACAGGAAAAACAGA